AUGUUGAGAAUGAAUAUCACCUUCCGGAAGAGAACCAAAUUCCCUAGUUUAUACAAAGGAUGUAGGCGAUUACAUAUAACUCCAUUAUUAAAAUUAGUCGAAAAGGCUUCUUCAUAUGACCCAAUUGCAAUUGAAAAGGAUUGGUAUAAGAUUUGGGAGAGAGAUAAACUUUUUACUCCAGAUCUGUCAAAGGAUGUGGAUCCUUCAAAGGUGUUCUGUAUUGCAGCACCACCUCCAAAUGUAACAGGUGCAUUACAUAUUGGUCAUGCUCUUACAAUUUCUCUUCAGGACUCCUUGAUACGAUAUAAUCGCAUGCUAGGUAAGACUGUGCUAUUUCUACCUGGAUUUGACCACGCAGGGAUCGCUACUCAAUCAGUCGUCGAAAAACAACUCUAUAAGAACGAACAUAAAACCAGAUAUGACUACGGUAGAGAGCAGUUUAUCGAAAAAGUUUGGGAAUGGAAAGAUGUAUAUCACUCUAAAAUCAAAGAUCAGAUUAAGAAAAUGGGUGGAUCCUAUGAUUGGUCUCGUGAGGCUUUCACCUUAGACCCCAAACUUUCUAAUGCUGUUACAGAAGCUUUCGUAAGGCUGCACGAUGAAGGAGUUAUCUAUAGAGAUUCAAAACUUAUUAACUGGUGCGUCAAAUUAAAUACUGCCAUUUCAAAUCUGGAAGUUGAAAAUAAAGAGAUACAGGGAAAAACAUUCCUAAAAGUACCAAAUUAUGAUAAGCCGAUAGCAUUUGGCAUAAUGACCUCCAUUGCAUACGAAGUAGUAGAUAAGGAUGGUUCAAAGAUAGGUGAUAAGUUAAUAAUUUCUACUACUCGUCCAGAGACUAUAUUUGGUGAUACAGCUAUAGCUGUACAUCCAGAUGAUAUUCGUUACGAAAAUUUGCAUGGAAAAUUUGUUAAACAUCCCUUACUUGACAAAAAUAUACCAAUUAUUCAAGAUAAGGAAGCAGUGGACAUAGACUUUGGGACUGGUGCAGUGAAGAUAACACCAGCACAUGAUUUGAAUGACUAUAAGUGUGGGAAGAGACAUAAUUUACCUUUUGUUAAUAUUUUUACGGAUGACGGUUUCUUAAAUGGUAACUGUGGAGAUGGUUGGAAAGGUAUGAAACGUUUCGAUGCACGUACUAAAGUUGUAGAAGUUUUAAAAGAGCAGGGCCUACUUAUUGGUGAAAAAGAGCAUUCUAUGACUAUUCCGAUCUGUUCUAGAUCCGGUGAUAUCAUCGAACCUUUGUUAAAACCACAAUGGUGGGUAUCACAAGAAUCAAUGGCUAAUGAAGCUAUGAAAGUCGUCGAUAGCAAUGAAAUUAAGAUUCAACCUAGACAUUCAAGAGAUGAAUAUUUUAGAUGGCUACUGAAAAUCGAUGACUGGUGUAUUUCUCGACAACUUUGGUGGGGUCACAGAUGUCCCGUCUACUUUAUCAAAAUAGAGGGAAACUCAGAAAAGAAAAUGAGACAUGACAAUAGGUACUGGGUUGCUGGAAGAAAUAUUGAAGAGGCAAAACAAAAAGCGCUUAAGAAGUUUCCAAAUAGUAGAUUUGAAUUAGAACAAGAUACUGAUGUAUUAGAUACAUGGUUUUCCUCGUCGUUGUGGCCGUUUUCAAUAUUGGGAUGGCCUCAAAAAACUAAAGAUAUGACUACGUUUUAUCCAUUUUCUUUAUUAGAAACAGGGUGGGAUAUUUUAUUCUUUUGGGUUGCACGGAUGAUUAUUAUGGGUGUCAAGCUGACCGGCUCAGUUCCAUUUAAAGAGGUAUUUUGCCAUCCUUUAGUACGGGAUUCCCAAGGUAGAAAAAUGUCUAAAUCAUUAGGAAAUGUUAUUGAUCCAGUAGAUGUGAUUAAUGGAGCUUCACUACGUUCUUUACAAGAAAAGUUAAUAAACGGCAAUCUUGAUUCUCGUGAGAUUAAAAUGGCAACAAAAGGUCUGAAGGAAUCAUACCCAAACGGAAUUCCUCAAUGUGGUACUGAUGCAUUACGAUUUGCAUUAUGUUCUUAUACUAGUAAUGAUAACUCAAAUGAUAUUAAUUUGGAUAUCAAAAAAGUGGAAACUUAUAGAAAGUUCUGUAAUAAAAUGUAUCAAGCUACGAACUUUGCCUUAUUGAAGGUGAAAACAGAAUCUUUGAUCGAUACAAAUAUCAUGUCAAAUAAAAAUCAGUCUAUUAAUGAGAAGUAUAUCCUCUCCAAGAUGAAUGAAGCUUCUAAAAAUAUUGCAGUAGCUUUUGAAUACCGACAUUUCAUGAAUGCGGUAGAUAUUGUUUACCAAUUUUGGUACCAAAUCUGUGACCAUUAUAUCGAAUAUUUUAAAUUCAUUUCCAAAACUGGCAGUGUAGAAGAGAUCAAAUCUGCAGAGAUCACAUUAAUAACUGUGUUAGAUAGAGGCCUGAGAAUGAUUCACCCCAUGAUGCCCUUUAUUUCUGAGGAGUUAUGGCAAAAAUUACCAACUGUUAAGGAUACUAAAUCUAUAUGUUUGGCCCCAUAUCCCAUAUACGAACAAAAUAUUGCUGAUACAUAUGAAAUGGAAGCCGAAAAGUUCAGUCAAAUAUUGGAUGUAAUUAGUGAAUCGCGGGGUAUAUUAAACCAGUAUAACAUUUUGAAAAAUGGUAAAAUAUUUAUUGAAAUUAAUGAGCCAAUAUUAAAAACAAUAUUUCAAAAAGAAGAUAACUAUAUCGAAAAUUCAAUAAAGAUGGGAAUACAACGAUUAGUAGUUACAAAUAAUCAAAAAGAUAUACCUGAAGGGUGUGUAUCGAAAUCUGUGAAUUCUUGUAUUUCAAUCCAUUUGCUGGUGAAAGGACAAAUCAUAGAUGUACAGGGAGACAUUAAAAAAUUAGAAAAGAAAAUUGUUAAAUUAAGCAAGAAAUACGAAUCACUGCUGACAGUAAUGAACAAUAAAAAUUACACAAAGGCAAGUGCUACUGUCCGUGAAACAAACAAGACAGUGGUAAAAGAUUUAAAAACGCAAAUACAGACGUUCCAAAUGACUGCAAAUAAUUUACGUAAAGAGCUGUAA